AUGUCAGAUGAGGAACGCGCAAGAGAUGGUCAAACAUUACCAAUACUCUGGAUUCGGACAUCGUUUGGGAGAAAAGACGAUCCGGCUAGUCGGAGUGCCGCCGACGCGGGAUAUAGGCGUAUCCGCUCAAUUACUGCUGAAGAUAACCUCGACAAUAUUUUGGAUCAAGAGUGCUUUUAUGACAACGAAAAAUACAGUUCUAAUAACCCUGUGCCCGAUGAAGACGAAAGUCCCGAAUUCAUCGAUGGAUUCGCUUGCGGCACGCCAGGCCCUGUGCCAUCAUAUAUGAUCACAACCUUAAUGAACAAACCAGAUACGUUGGACGGUCUCUCAGACCGCAAUUGGCCAACAGAGUCUUAUAUGAUACCACCCGAGCCAGAUAUGUUUCAAUCACUUAUGGUUGUUGUCGCUGAUCGUAAGUCGUGCGAGGAGGGAUGGAUGUUGCUCUUGGCCGUGAAUCACAAGGGAGAGGUUCUUCCUUUCAGAAUUCGCGAAAGGGCUUCAUGGACAACUCAACUUUUGCUCAAUUUCAUGGAUGGCCAGCAUUUAGAUGAGAAUACUCGAAAUCCUGAACAUGAUAUCGAAUACUACCUGCGUGAAGGAGAUGGCUGGGCUGAUGCUUCUGUACCCUGA